CCCACUGUUUUUUCUUUAAGCAGUAUAUAUUGUGCUUUUUAAAAAUUAUGUCAUGGUAAUUACAGCCAUUUAUUAUAGAAGGUCUGGAACUAUUGAAAAAAAUAAACAGAAGACAAUAAUAAUUGCUAAUAAUCUCAUUCCAAGAGAUGACUGCUAACUCUUAAAGGGUAUGCUUCUAAGUCCUUUUUCAUUUGUAUAUGUUUAUACUGUUUGAGUAAUACAUAAAAAUUGUUCUCUUGAUAUAUGUGUUCCUCUGUGUGUGUAUUUUUUACACAAACUGUCACUCCAUUUACAUUCUUUCCUCUAGUAGGAAGGAUAAGUGAGAAUGUCUGUCCACCAUGAGUCUAGCUCAGAGUGGUUACCUCCUCUCACCUUCUCUACAUGGUCCCUAAAUGAAGAGAAACUGGUGCAUCUGCUUCAUUAUAGAGAGACUUGACCUGGUUUCCAGGACUACCUGCCAUGUGGGUCCUGAUGUUGGCCUUGCUUCCUGCAUGAGCAGCUAUCCUUUAUUUCCCAGGCAGAAGUGGCUGGGAUGCCACAGUGGGUAAUGUAGUUAACUCGGGGGCAGUGUCCAGAGAGCUGUGCUUAAUCAUCCUAUUUCAUAUGCACUUAGCUCAUGGCUCCUCUGUGGGGUUGGGGUUGUAGUGGUAUGGGGGGAUGGUUCCUUCCUUCAAAUUUUUCUCUGCUCCACUCUGGUCACAGAUCUGGUAGAAACAGAAGUUCUAAAGGAAUAAGGAACUAUAGCAGAGUUGUCUAGGAAAAUCAUAUCAGCUCUGUAACUCUGGAAUGAGAAAAUGAAGGGAAGCUUUUUUCUGAGCUGGAGGAUAAGCUUCAAUGAGCCCUGGAGGCUGAGUUAGCUGUCAUUCUCAAAUUUGUGCUGGACCAUGAGGAUGGGCUAAACCUGAAUGAAGACCUAGAGAACUUCCUGCAGAAAGCUCCUGUCCCUUCCACCUGUUUCAGCACCAUCUCUGAAGAGCCCUCCCCACCCAGCCACCAGGCAAAGAGGGAGGUUCGCUUCUUAGAACUGCAGAAGGUUGCCUCUUGCAGUGGGAACAACUUCCUCUCAGGUUCUCCACCCUCCCCCAUGGGUGACAUCCUGCAGACUCCACAAUUCCAGAUGAGACGGCUAAAGAAGCAGCUUGCAGAUGAGAGAAACAAUAGAGAUGAACUGGAGCUGGAGUUGGCUGAGAACCGCAAGCUCCUCACAGAGAAGGAUGCACAGAUAGCCAUGAUGCAGCAGCGCAUUGAUCGGCUGGCUCUGCUGAACGAGAAGCAGGCAGCCAGCCCGCUGGAGCCUAGGGAGCUUGAGGAGCUCCGGGGCAAGAAUGAGAGCCUCACCCUGAGGCUUCAUGAAACUCUGAAGCAGUGCCAGGACCUGAAGACUGAGAAGAGCCAGAUGGAUCGCAAAAUUAACCAGCUUUCUGAGGAGAAUGGGGACCUUUCCUUUAAGCUGCGGGAGUUUGCCAGUCACCUGCAGCAACUACAGGGUGCCCUCAAUGAACUGACAGAGGAGCACAGCAAGGCCACUCAGGAGUGGGUGGCAAAGCAGGCCCAUCUGGAGGAGGACCUCGGCACAGCCCUGCAGGACAAGAAAUGCCUUGAAGAGAAGAAUGAAAUCCUUCAGGGGAAACUUUCACAGCUGGAAGAACAUUUGGCCCAGCUGCAGGAGAACCCACCCCAGGAGAAGGGCGAGGUGCUGGGGGAUGUCUUGCAGCUGGAAACCCUGAAGCACGAGGCGGCCACUCUUGUUGCAGACAACACCCAGCUCCAAGCCAGGGUGAAGGCAUUGGAGACCGAGCAGGGCCAACGUGAAGCCAAGUUGCUUGCUGAGCGGGGCCACUUUGAAGAAGAAAAGCAGCAGCUGGCUGGCCUGAUUGCCAAGCUACAAAGCUCCCUGACCAAUCUUAGCCAGGCUAAGGAAGAGCUGGAGCAGGCCUCCCAGGCUCAGGGGGCCCAGUUGUCUGCCCAGGUGGCCACGCUGACCUCUGAGCUUACCACCCUCAAUGCCACUCUUCAGCAGCAGGAUCAAGAACUGGCCAGCCUGAAGCAACAGGCCAAAAAGGAGCAGGCCCAGCUAACCCAGACCCUCCAGCAGCAAGAACAGGCUUCACAGGGCCUCCGCCACCAGGUGGAGCAGCUGAGCAGCCGCCUGAAGCAGAAGGAGCAGCAGUUGGAGGAGGCCACCAAGGAGCGGGAGGCAACCAGGCAAGACCAUGCCCAGCGACUGGCUACUGCUGUGGAGGAGCGGGAGGCCUCCUUAAAGGAGAAGAAUUUAGCCCUGAGGCAGCUGGAGGCUUUGGAGAAGGAGAAGUCUGCCAAGCUAGAGGGCCUGCAGCAGCAACUUCAGGCUGCUAAUGAAGCCCGGGCCAGUGCCCAGACCUCAGUGACACAGGCCCAGCGAGAGAAGGCAGAGCUGAGCCAAAAGGUGGAGGAACUCCAUGCCUGUGUUGAGGCAGCCCGUCAGGCGCAGUGUGAGACUCAGGCCCAGGUAGCAGAGCUAAAGACCAAGCUGAGGUCUGAGCAACAAAAAGCAACCGACAGAGAAAAGGUUGUCCAGGAGACAGGCCAGCUCCAGGAGCGGGUCCGGGCCCUUGAAGAGUCCUUGAAGAUCAGUAAGGGCAGCCUUGAAGAGGAAAAGCACAGGGCUGCAGAUGCCCUAGUAGAGCAGAAGCGUCGUAUCUCCCAGCUGGAAGCAGAGACCAGGAGCCUGGUAGAGCAGCAUAAGCAGGGACAGAAGGAGCUGGAAGAAGAGAAGGCUGGGCGCAAGGGGCUGGAGACCCGGUUACGGCAGCUUGGGGAGGCCCAUCAGGCUGAGUUGGAAGCCCUGCGGCGGGAGCUGGCAGAAGCAAUUGCCUCCCAGCAGGAGGCUGAGAGUGAAUGUGAGCAGCUUGCCAAGGAGGUGGCUGCCUGGCGUGAACGGUACGAGGAUAGUCAGCAAGAGGAGGCACAGUAUGGCGCCAUGUUCCAGGAACAGCUGAUGACCCUGAAGGAGGAAUGUGAGAAGGCUCGCCAGGAGUUGCAAGAGGCAAAGGAGAAGGUGGCAGGCAUAGAGGCCCAUAGUGAGCUCCAGAUAGGCCGGCAGCAGAGUGAGCUAGCUCAGCUCCAUGCCAACCUGGCCAGAGCCCUCCAGCAGGUCCAGGAGAAGGAGGUCAGGGCCCAGAAGCUGGCAGAUGACCUCUCCACCUUGCAGGAGAAGAUGGCUGCCACCAGCAAGGAGGUGGCCCGCCUGGAGGCCUUGGUGCGCAAGGCAGGUGAGCAACAGGAAACAGCCUCUCAUGAGCUACUAAAGGAGCCCCCAAAGGCAGGAGACAGAGAGUCAGAGUGGCUGGAAGAGCAGCAGGGACGCCAGUUCUGUAGCACACAGGCUGCAUUGCAAGCCAUGGAGCGUGAGGCAGAACAAAUGGGCAGUGAGCUGGAGAGGCUGCGGGCUGCGCUGAUGGAGAGCCAGGGGCAGCAGCAGGAGGAGCGGGGUCAGCAGGAGCGGGAGGUGGCGCGGCUGACCCAGGAACGGGGCCGGGCCCAAGCUGAUCUUGCCCUGGAGAAGGCUGCCAAGGCAGAGCUUGAGAUGCGGCUGCAGAAUGCCCUCAAUGAGCAACGAGUGGAGUUUGCUACCCUGCAAGAGGCACUGGCCCACGCCUUGAUGGAAAAAGAAGGGAAGGACCAGGAGCUGGCCAAACUUCGAGGGCAGGAGGCAGCCCAGAGAACAGAGCUAGGGGAGCUUCGGCAAACCAUGGAGCAACUGAAGGGACAGCUGGCCAAGAAAGAAGAGCGCCAGCAGUCAGUAGGGCUGGCCAGUGCAGAAGAUGCUUCUGGGUCAGGAGCCCAGUCUCAAGCUGCCGGAAAGACUGAACGCAAAGGCCCUGAGCUGGAGGCUCUGCGGGCAGAGAUGAGCAAGCUGGAGCAGCAGUGCCGAGAGCAUCAGGAAAAGACCUCCAGCCUGGAGCGCAGCCUGGAGUCUGAGCGUGCUUCCCACGCUGAGCAGGCCACUGCUCUGGAGGCUUUGAGGGGCCAGUUGGAGGAGAAGGCCAAGGAGCUGGGGCGUGGUCAGGACACCUUAGCCUCAGCCCAGAGGGAGCUGGCCGCCCUCCACGCCAAGGCCCAAGACCACAGCAAGGCUGAGGAUGAGUGGAAGGCCCAGGUGGCCCGGAGCCAGCAGGAGGCUGAGAGAAAAAACAGCCUCAUCAGCAGCCUGGAGGAAGAGGUGUCCAUCCUUAACCGCCAGGUCCUGGAGAAGGAGGGCGAGAGCAAAGAGUUGAAGCGGCUUGUAAUAGCUGAGUCGGAGAAGAGUCAGAAGCUGGAAGAGAGGCUGCGCCUGCUCCAGGUAGAGACAGCUAGCAGCAGCGCCAGAGCAGUGGAACGCAGCUCCGCUCUGCGGGAGGAGGUACAGACCCUCCGGGAGGAGGCAGAGAAACAGCGGGUGGCUUCGGAGAGCCUGCGGCAGGAGCUAGCCUCGCAGGCAGAGCGAGCGGAGGAGCUGGGCCAAGAGUUAAAGGCAUGGCAGGAGAAGUUUUUCCAGAAGGAGCAGGCCCUGUCUGCCUUGCAGCUGGAGCACACCAGCACACAGGCCCUGGUGAGUGAACUGCUGCCCGCCAAGCACCUGUGCCAGCAGCUGCAGGCUGAGCAGGCAGCUGCUGAGAAACACCAUCAUGAGGAGCUGGAGCAAAGCAAACAGGCAGCUAGUGGGCUGCGGGCAGAGCUGAUGCGGGCCCAGCGGGAGCUUGGGGAGCUGGUGCCCCUGCGGCAGAAGGUGGCAGAGCAAGAACGGGCAGCCCAGCAGCUGCGAGCAGAGAAGGCCAGCUAUGCAGAACAGCUGAGCAUGCUGAAGAAGGCUCAUGGCCUGCUGGCAGAGGAGAACCGAGGGCUGGGUGAGCAAGCCAACCUUGGCCGGCAGUUUCUGGAAGUGGAGCUGGACCAGGCCCGGGAGAAGUAUGGCCAAGAGGUGGCAGCUGUGCGUGCUGACGCUGAGGCCCGUCUGGCUGAGAUGCAGCGGGAAGCCCAGAGCACGUCCCGGGAGCUAGAGGUAAUGACUGCCAAGUAUGAGGGUGCCAAGGUCAAAGUCCUGGAGGAGAGGCAGCGGUUCCAGGAAGAAAGGCAGAAACUCACUGCCCAGGUGGAGCAGCUAGAGGUAUUUCAGAGAGAGCAAACUAAGCAGGUAGAGGAGCUGAGUAAGGUGCUAGCUGACCACGACCAAGCCAGCAAGGCACAGCAGCAGCAGCUGAAGGCCCAGGGAGGGGAGAGCCAGCAAGAGGCCCUGCGUCUCCAGGUGCAGCUGAAUGAGCUGCAGGCCCAGCUGAGCCAGAAGGAGCAGGCAGCUGAGCACUACAAGCUGCAGAUGGAGAAAGCCAAGACGCAUUAUGAUGCCAAGAAGCAGCAGAACCAAGAGCUGCAGGAGCAGUUGCGGGGCCUGGAGCAACUGCAGAAGGAAAACAAGGAGCUGCGGGCUGAAGUGGAAAGGCUGGGUCGGGAACUGCAGCAGGCUGGACUGAAGACCAAGGAAGCUGAGCAGACCUGCCACCACCUUACUGCUCAGGUGCGCAGCCUGGAGGCACAAGUUGCCCACGCUGACCAGCAGCUUCGAGACCUGGGCAAGUUCCAGGUGGCAACUGAUGCUCUGAAGAGCCGGGAGCCCCAGGCUAAGCCUCAGCUCGACUUCAGUAUUGACAGCCUGGAUCUGAGCUGUGAGGAGGGGACCCCGCUCACCAUUACCAGCACACUGCCUCGGACCCAGCCAGAUGGCACCAGCAUCCCUGGAGAGCCAGCCUCACCCAUCUCCCAGCACCUGCCUCCCAAAGUAGAAUCCCUGGAGAGUCUCUACUUUACCCCCAUCCCUGCUCGGGGUCAGGCCCCCCUGGAGAGCAGCCUGGACUCCCUGGGGGACAUUUUCCCAGACUCAGGGCGGAAGACCCGCUCUGCUCGUCGGCGCACCACGCAAAUCAUCAACAUCACCAUGACCAAGAAGCUAGACGUGGAGGAGCCAGACAGCGCCAACUCAUCCUUCUAUAGCCCGCAGUCUGCCCCAGCUUCCCAGGCCAGCCCGCGAGCCACCUCCUCCACCCGGUCUCUAGCUCGCCUGGGCUCUCCCGACAGCGGCAACGCAGCUCUACUCAGCCUGCCUGGCUACCGGCCCACCACUCGCAGCUCUGCUCGCCGUUCUCAGGCCAGGGUGUCCAGUGGUGCCCCUCCAGGAAGGAACAGCUUCUACAUGGGCACUUGCCAGGAUGAGCCCGAGCAGCUGGAUGACUGGAACCGCAUUGCAGAGUUGCAGCAGCGCAACCGAGUGUGCCCCCCACACCUGAAGACCUGCUACCCCCUGGAGUCCAGGCCUUCCCUGAGCCUGGGUACCAUCACAGAUGAGGAGAUGAAGACCGGCGACCCGCGAGAGACCCUGCGCCGAGCCAGCAUGCAGCCAGCCCAGAUAGCCGAGGGCACCGGCAUCACCACCCGGCAGCAGCGCAAACGGGUCUCCUCAGAACCCCACCGAGGCCCUGGCACCCCUGAGUCUAAGAAGGCCACCAGCUGUUUCGCACGCCCUCUGACUCCCCGGGACCGACAUGAAGGUCGCAAACAGAGCACUACCGAGGCUGAGAAGAAAGCAGCUACAGCUGUUGUUAAACAGGCUGACCGCCGCCAGUCAAUGGCUUUCAGCAUCCUCAAUACACCCAAGAAGCUGGGGAACAGCCUUCUGCGGAGGGGCUCCUCAAAGAAAGCUUUGUCCAAGGCCUCCCCAAACACACGCAGCGGGACCCGUCGCUCUCCUCGCAUUGCCACUGCGGCCAGCGCUGCCACCGCCACCCCUCGGGCCAAGGCCAAGGCAAAGCACUAAAGGUUCAGUACCAGUGAGUGGCCCCACCUGUGUCGAUGCCGACCUCGCCUGGUCCUUCUCCUUCUGCUGUCCCUUUCAGUGCCUUCUCUCAGCUCCCAGGCCAACAGUAGCCAAACCCCUAGAGACAGUGAUGCCUGCCCACUCCCCGACCUGGUACCUGGACCUUCACUGACGCCGUCUAGGUGAACAGAGAGAUAGGUCCUCAGAGUUGGCCUGGAGCAUCUGGGUCCUCUCCCUACCUUGCCUCCUGAUGUUUUCUUAGAGCCAAGUCACUUCUACAUCAUAGUCAGAUUUGAGGCUGACUUGGAGUGGCUGGGUCCUUGGGCUCAGCUAGUCCUGCUCUCAGCCUCUGGCUCUAGAAGGGACCAUUAGAGGAGCAGGCCCUGGUACUCGCUGCUCCUGGUGGCUAGGCCUAGCAGGGCCCUUGCUUCUCAAGUCCAGGACUAGGCUCUAGCCUAGUGGGAGCACCCCACCACCAAGGGCACUGUGCCCAGAGGAUGCUCUCUUCCAGGACAGGCAGGCCCCAUGUCUCAGGGAGGUGGGAAAGGCAGCCUUCAGCGGUAGCUCAUGCCUCAUCUUCCCUAGACUUGCAAUAGGGGGAGGGGGGAGGGAGGGGAUUUGGAGUGAUGGGAAGGUUUUUAAGGGCCAGGAAUGGAUCUUUUCUAAAUGUUAUUACUUGUAAAUAAAGUCUAUUUUUCUCCCUUGA